AUGAUCGCAACUGGUGUCUGUGGUGUGGCGCUGGUGCUGGUGCUGGUGGUUCUGAUCCCGGUCGUGGUGAACACCGCCGGGACCCCUGCUCGCUACGAGAUGCUCGGCUCCUGUCAAAUGGUGUGCGACUCCCACGGGACCCCGGCCACGGCCACGGCCAAGGCAACCAACCCGAUCAAAGACAACCGGCUGGUUCAGUCUCUCCCGACGUUCAUCCAGGGUCCUCAGGGAGAGCCGGGGCGCGUCGGGAGGAUGGGUCCCAGGGGUCCGGUGGGCGAGCCGGGGCCACCUGGUCCUGCUGGUCCUCCCGGUGACAGGGGGGCACCGGGUCCGGCCGGAGAACCUGGAGCACAUGGGCCCAACGGAGCCAUCAGCGCUGCCACCUACAACACCAUCCCAAAGAUUGCGUUUUAUGCAGGACUGAAGAAGCAGCACGAGGGGUAUGAAGUGCUGAAAUUCGACGACGUAGUCACUAAUCUGGGCAACCACUAUGACCCCUCUUCAGGGAAAUUCACCUGCUCCAUCCCGGGGAUUUACUUCUUUGUUUACCAUGUGCUGAUGCGAGGCGGAGAUGGGACCAGCAUGUGGGCUGACCUCUGCAAGAACAACCAGGUGAGAGCCAGUGCCAUCGCCCAGGACGCCGAUCAGAACUACGACUACGCCAGCAACAGUGCCGUCCUGCACCUGGAGCCCGGGGACGAGAUUUACAUCAAGCUGGACGGGGGCAAGGCGCACGGGGGCAACAACAACAAGUACAGCACCUUCUCCGGCUUCAUGCUGUACGCUGACUGA